AUAAGUCUUCUUUCCCUUCUUCGUUUCUUUGAGUCAUGUCUGAGGACAGCCAGAACCCUUCUGUUCAGUCCUAUGGUUCUGAUGCCCGGUCCCAGGCCUCCAGUUCCCAAUCUUUUUCCUCCUUUUUCUGAGCCCAGCCAGCGCCUGGCUACUCCUCAACAGGAGAAGCUAGGCGACGCCACCACUUCUGCCCUUUCCACCUCUGCGGCACAAGUGGUCACGGUAGCACAGUCCGUGGAUGAGGGCUUUAUUCUGCUGGACGAUCAGUUGCUCUUAGAGCAACCGUCCGUUAUGAAGAAAGCUCAAGUCCACGAGCUGCGCCACCUUCUUCCAGAAG